AAAAAAAAAAAAAAAACAGCUUAGCAAUGAACUAAAGAAAAUGGAUGAGAAGAUUGGAACCACUGAAUACCUUCUAGAACACAAGAACCUUGAAAUCAAGAGACUUAGGAAUGACAAGAAAGAGGCUCUUGCUGCGCAAUUUGCUGCAGAAGCAACGCUCAGAAGGUUGCAUGCAAAUCAAAAGGACGAGGAUUCUGUCCCACUUGAGGCAGUUAUUGCACCUCUUGAGGCUGAUAUUAAAAUGUAUAAAAAUGAGAUUGCAGCACUACAGGAGGAUUAUAAGGCCUUGGAACGGCUAAAUAAGUCAAAAGAGGCUGCUCUACUUGAAGCACAAAGGAUUCUGAGAAGUGCCCUGGAACGGGCUCUAAUAGUGGAGGAGGUUCAUAAUCAAAAUUUUGAGUUAAAGCGACAAAUUGAGAUCUGCCAGGAAGAGAACAAGAUCCUUGAUAAAACUAAUCGUCAAAAGGUUGCUGACGUUGAGAAGCUUAGCUGGACCAUUCAGGAACUUGAGGAGUCUAUUCUAGCGGGUGGGACUGCUGCGAAUGCGGUGCGCGAUUAUCAGCGUCAGGUUUCUGAAUUAUCUGACAAAAACAGGACCCUUGAGAGGGAUCUCGCAAGAGUGAAAGUUUCAGCAAAUCGAGUUGCAGUUGUGGUGGCAAAUGAGUGGAAGGAUGACAAUGACAAAGUCAUGCCAGUCAAACGCUGGCUAGAAGAGCGAAGGUAUUUUCAGGCAGAGAUACAACGACUAAGAGACAAGCUUGUUUUAUCUGAGAAAACAGCUAAAUCUGAAGCACAACUCAAGGAUAAACUGAGGCUGAGGCUAAAGACUCUAGAAGACGGAUUAAAACAUGUGCCAAAUAUCAGAACCAAUACUAGUGCUUCUUGUGAGUUGCAAAAACUUGAGAACUGUAACCAAAGCUUAGGUUUUCUAUCAAAUAAGACUGGACUAGGGAAGAGGUCAACAUCACAGCCGAGGGCUUCUGUUACCAUCAGUAAAAGCUCAUUGCUGCAGCAGAAAAACUUGGUGAUUCAAACAAUCAGUGCCAGCGGACAACUCAAAGGAGCAAGUACCCUGAAAAUGAAAUAUUUUUCUGGAGAAAAUACACGGAGGAGUUUAUGGGUGACUAACAAUAAGUUGCCUGACAAUGGUGGAAAGGAAAACACAGAAGUGAAUGCUAACACUGAAGUGAAUGCCAAAAAAUUAAUUGAUGGUGAGGCAGCAGUCUAUGGAGAAAAUAGAACUAAGGGUGACGAUGAUAUGGGCUUGCAAAAUAAAGGAAGCCUAGGCGCUGGCAGUGAGGAUUUAGUUUCUGGGUUUCUGUAUGACAGGUUACAGAGAGAGGUCAUCAAUUUGAGAAAAUCCUGUGAGGAGAAAGAUGCAACUCUUAGAGCUAAAGAUGAAGAAACUAAGAUGCUCAUGAAGAAGGUUGAUGCACUGGCAAAGGCCAUGGAAAUAGAGUUGAAGAAGAAGAAGAGAGAAGCAGCAUCAGUUAGGGUGGAGAACAAAAACAAAAGAUCAGAAGCACAAACUUUUCUUUAAGGGCAGUGAAAUCAUCCUGAAAGCUAUGAAAUCUGAGAAGUUAAAGGUGACCAGGGAAACACUUCUUUUUUUUUUCAGCGUCUUUUGAGUUUCUUCUGUACAUAUGGAAAAGGUUGAAUAGCAGUUGCAUCAAAAUAAAAUUGUUCCCCAAUGGAAGGGGGUAAGUUGUAUCACAUGUAUAGUUUGAGAGAUUCUCUGCUUGUAAUAUAUAUUAAAUAAAUCUGUAACUUUGCAUAGGUUUGCAUAUUUCUGUUAAUGAGAAUAUUUGAGAGCUCAA